GAUACAGCUUUAUUUUGUGUAGGGGCAUCGAUACCAUCCAUCCAGACCUCUUCGAUUCUCUCAAGUUUGGGAACGAAAGGAUGAUGGAAGGUGUGGUUCUCAAGCUCCCAUCCUUCCAAUUCCAACUCCUUUUCAUAAACCCUAGUCGUUGCAGUUCCUGUUUCUCCUCCACUCUCCGCACCUCCUCUUCUCCUUCUCUCCGCUUCCGCUUCCGCAGAUUUUCCUCUCCCUUCUCUGUUUCUGCUUCAGCUUCCACCGCCAGGGAAACGGACAACUUGCAUCUUGGUUCUCUUUCGCUUGGCCACUCAACUCGACCUGAUUUCCCCAUCCUCCAUCAGGAAGUAAAUGGCUCCAAGCUUGUCUACUUGGACAAUGCCGCCACCUCUCAGAAACCGAUUGCUGUGUUGAAAGCCUUGCAGAAUUAUUAUGAGGCUUACAAUUCAAAUGUUCAUCGUGGCAUACACUACUUGAGUGCGAAGGCAACGGACGAGUAUGAGCUGGCAAGAAAGAAGGUUGCGUCUUUUAUCAAUGCUGGAGAUGCUAGAGAGAUCGUUUUUACUAGGAAUGCAACUGAAGCUAUCAAUCUAGUGGCUUAUUCUUGGGGCAUAGCGAAUUUAAAAUCAGAAGAUGAGAUCAUACUUACAGUUGCUGAACAUCAUAGUGCCAUUGUCCCUUGGCAACUUGUAGCUGAAAGGACUGGUGCUGUUCUGAAGUUCGUGAGUUUAGAUGAACAUGAUGUCCCAAACUUGAAAGAUUUCAAGGAGAUGUUUACAACAAAAACAAAGCUUGUGGUUACCCAUCAUGUCUCAAAUGUACUAGCAUCUGUUCUUCCAAUUGAAGACAUAGUUAGCUGGGCACAUCGUUUUGGGGCUAAAGUGCUAGUAGAUGCAUGCCAGAGUGUUCCACAUAUGGUUGUCGACGUCCAGGCGCUUGAUGCUGACUUUCUUGUUGCUUCUUCUCACAAGAUGUGUGGGCCUACAGGCAUCGGGUUUUUAUAUGGAAAGAUUGAUCUGCUGUCUGCAAUGCCUCCAUUCUUAGGUGGUGGAGAGAUGAUCUCAGAUGUAUUUCUUGACCAUUCCACAUUUGCAGAACCUCCUUCCAGAUUCGAGGCUGGGACGCCAGCGAUUGGAGAAGCAAUUGGAUUGGGAGCUGCUAUUGAUUAUUUGUCUGGAAUCGGCAUGCAAAAGAUUCAUACUUAUGAAGAAGAAUUGGCGAAUUAUCUAUAUGAGAACCUUCGUGCAGUCCCUAACAUUCGCAUAUAUGGCCCAGUCCCUAAUGCUGAACGUGCUGCUCUGUGCUCGUUCAAUAUUGAAAACAUGCAUCCAACGGACAUUGCAACUUUUCUUGAUCAACAGCAUGGUAUAGCCAUCAGAUCAGGACAUCACUGUGCGCAGCCCCUCCAUCGGGCCCUCGGUGUGAGCUCGAGCGCACGAGCUAGCCUUUACUUCUACAACACAAAAGAGGAUGUGGACUACUUUAUCCAGGCUCUGAAUGACACUGUAAGUUUCUUCGACUCCUUCAAGUAGGGAUCUGGUAAUACCAAAGCUUGUUGGUUUGGUGGGUCCACUGCAUGGAUUAUGCUCUGUUUCUUGGUUUGGUGAAGAUUGUCUUUCUUCUUGCUAUCUUGAGCUGAGCCUGUGACAUUUACUACCAGAUGUUUGCCCAUAUAAUGUUCUUGUAAAGACCACAGAUUUCUCCUAGUUUUAGACUUUAGUUUAUCUAUAAAUUAUUUAAUUAAGCUAUGCUUUCAUGGACUCAUUUUUCUCCAGAUAACGGGAUACUGUUAGUGUAUUAUAUAUAGUCAACUCAAAUCAGAAGUCUCAGAUUCUUUGGGCUCAUGACAUGAUGGUUUAUUGUAAUGAAAUAUACCAUAAAACCAAUUUUAUGUUGA